AUGGCAAAGAAACAAAAUUCGCAGAUACCGCAUCAUGUGUGGAAAGAAAGUGUGACUGCAGCACACCUUGACGUGCUCGCGCCUGCCAAAGACGAACGAAAGGAUAAUGAAGCUCUUGGUGUCUCUCAAAAUCAAUCUCUCUCUCUCUCUCUCUCAAUCUCUCUCUCUCAAACUCUCUCUCUCUCUCUCUCUUACAAUCUCUCUCUCUUCUCGCACUCCCAUCCGUUCAUGGGAGGCGCCAUUUUCCUCGUCAUCAGACUCUCUCUCUCUCUCUCUGUGCUCUGCUGUGCUGUGCCAGCGCGUGCCAAACGACUU